AGCACCAUAAAUUAAGCUAACGCAAUGGUCUACUUAUCACUAGCAGCUAACUACUAAAAUGAACUCUUGUAAAAUGGCGUCUCUCAAUUUCCCGGUGACGACGGUCUUCCGUCCACCACAAACCGUAUCCACCGCCGUACCCCACUUCCGGCAACCACCCACCAACUUCAAUUUCAGCUCAAAAACCUUAUCUUUUCAAUCAAAGGCCACCGCCGGCGGUGCUACAAUUGAGAUUGAACUACUGAGUACUGAAGAUAUACCCACACCAAUCCCCCUCAAAAAGGUUUUGAUCCCAAUAGGGUUAGGUACAGAAGAAAUGGAAGCUGUUAUAAUGGUGAAUGUACUGCGUCAAGCUGGUGCAGAUGUUGUUGUUGCUUCAGUUGAGUCUGGACUAGAAGUUAAACUUUCAGGCGGUACCGUACUUGUUGCUGAUACAUCCAUUUCCGAAUGCUCGGAUCAAACUUUUGAUCUUGUUGCUCUUCCUGGAGGUAUGCCUGGUUCUGUCCGUUUAAGAGACUGUAAAGCACUCGAAGAAAUUACUAAGAAGCAAGCUGAAGAAAAACGGUUAUAUGGUGCUAUAUGCGCUGCUCCAGCUGUGACACUUUUGCCUUGGGGUCUUCUCAAGAGAAAAAAGACAACGUGUCAUCCAGCAUUUUGGCAUAAGCUUCCGACUUUCCGGGCUGUCAAAACAAAUCUUCAAGUUUCUGAAGAGUUAACAACUAGUCGUGGCCCUGCUACCAGCUUUCAGUUUUCUGUAUCACUAGUGGAGCAACUUUUUGGGGAGUCUGCUUCCAUGGAGAUGGGAAAAUAUUUGUUAAUGGACUCUGCUGAUGAGCUUUCCCGGAAGGAAGAAUUCAAUGAAGUUGGGUGGGCUGUUGAUCAUACGCCUCGUGUUCUCAUUCCUAUUGCAAAUGGAUCUGAAGAUAUUGAGGUGGUUACAGUUGUAGAUAUACUACGAAGAGCUAAGCUAGAUGUUACGGUUGCUUCAAUGGAAAAAACUUUGCCAGUUUUGGGGUCGCAGGGGAUAAAAAUGGUUGCAGACAAGUUAAUCAAAAAUGCGGCUGAAUCAACAUAUGAUUUGAUCAUUCUACCAGGAGAAGCAUCUGGUGUUGAGCGGUUGCAAAAAUCCAGGAUUUUGAAAAAGUUGCUUAAAGAACAAGAUUCCGAUGGACGAAAAUACGGGGCAAUGUGCUCCUCAAUUUCAGUUCUUCAGAAACAAGGAUUACUCCAAAAGAAAAAAGCAACUUCUCAUCCUUCAGUCCUGAGUAAGCUCGAGAGCAAUGACUUGGUCAACUCUCAAGUUGUCAUCGAUGGGAGACUAAUCACGUGCAGGGGUUUUUCAAGUGCCCCAGAAUUUGCACUGGCUAUUAUUGCCAAGUUUUUUGACCAUGGAAGAGCAAAAAGUGUGGCAGCAGGCCUUGUUUAUGACUACCGAGCAACCUAGAUGUAUGUGAAAGAUAUGAAAGCAAGAUAAUUCUACUGGGGUUCAGUCUAUUACAAGAUGGGUGGUCCCUUAUAACCCCAUAUGUAGAUCGCAAGGGUUAGCGGUUAAAUCGAGAAUCAAGCUCAACCAAAUGCUUCUGAGGUGGUUUUGUUGGCAUACAAAAGGUUCACUAUGGCUAGUCAUUGCAUGAUUCACCUUAUUUUAGCCCUCUGAGUUCCUUUAAGUAAUAUGUUGCAUGUCUAUUUGGCUUGUAACCUCUUCAUAAAUGUGGGUUAUAUUACUAGAAAAAUUCUUAUUUAGCAAAUAGGAUUUUUUAUAUAGCUGGAUAUGUGCCUAAAAGUCUAAAACACUAAACAGUUGAUCA